GUCUCAAUUUUCUGUUCCCAUCGUCAACAAUAAGGUGACCCCAUUAUCCAGGUUCUUCAAUUUUCAACUUGCAAAUGAAAAGUUCCAAACUUUACCCUCGAAUUACACUUAAACGAUAACCCAGUUUUCUUUCACUUCUCAGAUUUAAGGGCUCGUACCUCCAGAACCAGGUUCUCAUGGCUGCCAAGAAGGCGUGUGAGUCAUUCUCAAAGUCUUUGAUUGAGGAUGUGCAUAGAUGGGGUUGCUUGAAGCAGACAGGAGUAAGUCUGAGGUACAUGAUGGAGUUUGGGUCCAAACCCAUUUCCAAGAAUUUGCUGAUUUCUGCUCAGUUUCUUCAAAAAGAGCUAGCCAUUAGAAUUGCCAGACGAGCUAUUGAGCUUGAGAAUCUUCCCUAUGGUUUGUCUCAAAAGCCUGCUGUUUUGAAGGUUAGGGAUUGGUAUCUGGAUUCUUUCCGUGAUCUCAGAGCCUUCCCUGAUAUCAAGAAUAUGAACGAUGAAAGAGAGUUCACUGAAAUGAUCAAGGCCAUCAAAGUGAGACACAACAAUGUGGUUCCCACAAUGGCCUUGGGUGUUCAGCAAUUGAAGAAAGGAAUGGAUCCAAAGAUUGUUUACGAAGAUCUUGUCGAGAUUCACCAGUUCCUUGAUCGCUUUUACAUGUCAAGAAUUGGGAUCCGAAUGCUUAUUGGGCAGCAUGUUGAGUUGCACAAUCCCAAUCCUCCACCCUUUGUUGUUGGUUAUAUACACACAAAAAUGUCUCCUGUGGAGGUGGCCACGAACGCCAGUGAGGAUGCUCGUGCUAUAUGUUGUCGUGAAUAUGGAAGUGCCCCUGACGUCCGAAUUUAUGGAGAUCCUGAUUUUACUUUUCCGUAUGUUCCAGCUCACUUGCAUCUUAUGGUAUUUGAGUUGGUUAAGAACUCACUGCGUGCUGUCCAAGAACGUUUUAUGGAUUCUGAUAAAGUUGCACCUCCCAUUAGAAUCAUAGUUGCUGAUGGGAUAGAGGAUGUUACCAUAAAGGUCUCAGAUGAGGGAGGUGGAAUUCCAAGAAGUGGUUUGCCUAAAAUUUUUACAUAUCUAUAUAGUACAGCCAAAAAUCCAUUGGAUGAGCAUUCAGAUCUUGGAAUAGGUGAGAAUGUGACAAUGGCUGGAUAUGGAUAUGGACUUCCCAUUAGUCGCCUAUAUGCUCGGUAUUUUGGAGGUGAUCUUCAAAUGAUCUCUAUGGAAGGAUAUGGGACUGAUGCAUAUCUCCAUUUGUCUCGUUUGGGAGAUUCACAAGAACCUUUGCCUUGAAAGCUCUUUUCAGUCGGAGUUACCUUCAGUAACUCAAUAAUCUUGUGCUAGGGAAAAACACCAUUGUUCGUGUCAAAAGGGGCUAUUUGCAGUCAAAUUUUUAAAUGUUUUAAUAAUUUGACAAAAUUUCUUGUACAUAUGUCAUACAUAAGAUUGUGCAUGGUGAAUGCCCCUUCUUUACCUUA